AUGAAAAACCUGAGACAACUAGCUUUACAAGAGAAAAGGUUUGUUUACCUCACAGUCUCAAAGGUUCAAGUCCAAGAUCAGGAAGCCCCAUUGGCAGAAUAUGGCAAUGGCUGGUCACUGAGCCGGUUGAAGAUUAAUGCCAGAGGACUUGGAUCUCAGCUGAAGGACAGUAUUCCAGUCACUGAACUUUCAGCGAGUGGGCCCUUUGAAAGUCACGAUCUUCUUCGGAAAGGCUUUUCUUGUGUGAAAAAUGAGCUUUUGCCCAGUAACCCUCUUGAACUAUCAGAAAAAAAUUUCCAGCUCAACCAAGAGAAAAUGAACUUUUCCACACUGAGAAACAUCCAGGGUCUGUUUGCUCCACUGAAACUACAAAUGGAACUCAAGGCCGUGCAGCAGGUUCAGCGUCUUCCGUUUCUUACAAGCUCAAACCUCUCAUUGGAUAUUUUGAGAGGUAAUGAUGAGACUAUUGGAUUUGAAGAUAUCCUUAAUGAUCCAUCACAAAGUGAACUGAUGGGAGAACCACACUUGAUGGUGGAACAUAAACUUGGUUUACUGUAAUUCAGUGCUCUGUCCAUGGAAACAGAAGAGCUGCAUCUUGUUUAUACCUGUCUUCUUGCUAUAAUUUGAUGUAUACAGCAUUAAAAAUACUGACACAUUUGAGAAUUU